AUGAAGUGUCUGCUCGUUUGCCUCCUUGUCAUUGCGAUUGUUGCAAAACCACAAUAUCAGGAGGCGGUUCGAGACGGUCCCAAGCAGUUGGACGACGUGUGCAGGGACACCGGAGCCAAGUAAGUUGACAAUACUUGAAGUGGGUCGGGGUUCUAGGCCACCAAGUUGAAAAACUACCAUAAAUAGGAGGGCAAUGAUAUUCUGGGUCAUCUAGUCGGUAAGAUAUUAUCCUUUUCUAACUUCCUAUCAGGUGAACUUGAUUGAAAAGUAAGACUACAAUAUCAAACGUAGAAAAGUUCCGUUGCAGCUGUCGUAACUGGGCGCUCAACGGCUUCUGCACCAACUGUCACUACACGUGUCAACAACGUCGCGACUACUGUGCGCGCACGUGCGGAUUCUGUCAUUCCGGCUACGUUUGCACCAAUUGUACCUCCACGACGACGACGACGGCCGCCAAGAAGGCGUCUGUGAUUCUAUUGUAA